CAUCGUCGAAGCUCUCGAAGCGUUGACAUCGUCCAUGGCGUGUGUCUCGCGAUGACCGCCAUGCGCUCACCUGGCCGCGUGCGCUUACAGCGCCGUGUGACUGCCAUGAGGUGUUCGCCUCACUCGCUGCGAGCGGUGGCGCUGGCACUCAUGGCGCUCCCCGCUGCUGCGGGCGUGGAAUCGGAUCGGUGGCGCUUGGUGGGACGGAACGUGGGCAGCAGCUGGGUGGUGAACAACAUCAACUUCUACUCUGACUCACAGUGCACCACUGCCAUUCAGGCGCGACCCUUCCGAAGCCUCCAAGGCAAUGGGCUCCGCUACGACGGAAGUGCCAUCAGCGGGCCGAAGCAUGUGAGGACGUCCGCGGCGCCCGCGGAUGCAUUUGAGGCCAAUGCUGUUGCCUGGGAGACCGGUGUGCCGUGCCCCAGCACAGGCGACUCCUGCUUCAUUGGCUUCCAAUGGCUCACUGACCAGGUCGACACGGCGGGUGGCUUUGCCACAGUGGGCAUCCUGCAGAGGGGCUCCGAGGCUCCGCAAUGUGUUGCCUUGGAUCAAAGCUCUGAGGCCAAUCGCUUCGCCAGCUCGGUCAUGGUGCAGUACUGGUCCUCCUCAGCCAGGGCGUGGCAAGAUCACACCGAGAUGUCGGGUCUCACGGGCGGCGCUGCCCAGCUGCGGAUCCCCGAGGUCCCUUUGGCACGGUGAUUGGACUGCAGAGCCUGGCAAAGGAGAAGGCGGAGGCUCUCACCAAACUCGAAGCACCAGUUGGAAGGCGGCCACCGGCAGAACCCAAAGCCCAAAGCCGAGCACCAACUCCAGUCGUCCACGGCCGCUG